GCUCCGUCACUGCGAGUGGACGUGUUCUUUCAGGCCGCGAGGCGUCUUGGGUUCUGUUCCUUUCUGUCUUCUGAGGGAAGCACUGUGCUUGGCUGACUAGCGCGGCGGGUCUUGAGGGUUCCGAGCCUGGACGCCGGGAGGCGUUCCUCUCGGCUGCGCCUUAUGCCCGCCAUUCAAGGCCGAGACCUCCUUUCCCAAGCCUUUGGCAUAGGGGCGGAGAGGAAGGACGGGCUGCGACGUGGUGGAUCCUGAGCAUCUCUGACGAGCCUGUACUAAUCGGGAACCAAGGCCACCCAUUAAAAAUCCGGGUGGAGAGGGUCCCGAAAAAAGACAACUCUAGGGCUCCCUUGCCGUGAAGGAGGCAAAAACGACUUAUUAACAAGGUCUGAAAAAUAUCUCUUGUCACAUUUGGCCGUGAGGGGUCGGGAGGAAGGAAGCGCGUGUGUGGAGGAGCGGACAACAUAUAAAAGCAUGGGGAAGAAGUUGAAAAAUAAUCCCAGAUUCUCGGGGGUGUCGGCAGCCCAAAGAACAGACCACGUUGCAGCUUCCACGAAACCCCCCUGCACCUGCUCGCUCGCGGCCCGCAGCCAUCGUUGUGUUUUAAAAGGCGCCGCCGCACGCCUCCGCGUGCCUCCGCGUGCCUCAGCGUGCCUGUGCGGUGCUGGCCCCACCGGCCUUCGCUGGCGGGAGGGGGCCGUCGGGCCAUUGGCACAGCCCCCUCCCCCACACACCAUGAGCAUUUAUGACAUUAACAGAGAACAGAACUGUGUCAAGAACUCUGGGGGUAUACUUGGUGAAAAUGAAUUAAGACCACCCUCCCAGCUACAUUCUCUCUUAGAGAAGACCAAGACAGGGUUCAUAUCAGAAAAGAUUUUUGAGACAGUGUCCCUGAGUUCAGACUCUGUCUUCCAGAAGGCAAUUUCAAUUCUCCGUACUUCUUACUUGGACUCUGCAUCUGAGCAUGGUUUUCAGUACAGUCAAGUGACUUUGGUGAAAAAUGACAUUUUCUUAAAUGAGUACAGAACUUUCUACCAAGAAAAAAAAGCAAGUAACUAUACUCAGGAAGAACUUCAAGAAACUUACGGGUUUCUUCUGUUUGAAACUGAAAAUCAGGCAAAAUUGGUAUGUCAGCGUGGACUCUGUAUUGGCAGCAGUGCUAUUACCACUCUGGGUGACCCAGCAAAAGGUGUAUACAUUUCCAGAUACUCAGACUGUCUUCAUGCAAGACCAUGGUAUCAUGGAAAGUCUGGUUAUGUUGUAAUUUUUAAUCUAAUUAAGGGAAAAGUCAAGUUUGUGUCUGAGAAUUACACAGCUAACUAUAUUAGCCCAUCUUCUGGCUAUGAUUGCCACGUGGCUGCAAAUACUAACAAGGUUUCUCGCAAGACAAGUCAUUUUCGCGCCUUUGAACUGAGUCAGUAUUACCUGUAUGAAGUUUCGGGCAGCAGGGUUACUGAGAGACCUAGACAGAUUCAUCCUUAUGUAAUUGUCGCUUUUCAGUACAGAGAGCCUAUAAAGAUGGCAGCACCAGCUCAUAAAAGCAGGCUUGAACUCAGUGAAAAUGUCCUCAUCUCUCCAUGGAAAGGAAAAUUAAUUAUUCAAGGCUGCUUGCUUUGUGAUCUAACUCUGUGGUCCUCGUAUGGUACAGUGGUUCCAACACAACUACCACAUGAACUAGAUUUUAAGUAUGUAAUGAAAGUGUCAUCUUUGAAAAAAAGACUACCAGAAGCUGCCUUUCGAAAACAGAAUUACUUGGAGCAGCAAAAAGUCUGUUGCCAAGAUAUGUGCUUCAAUAUGUAUGAAGUUGAACUAUCAAACAAACAAGGCGAAAAAAUAGAUAAAGUAAUGGAAGUCAUUAAAAAUAAGCAAUUGGCACUCAUCAAAUGCUUAGAAGAUCGUGGGGUUUUCAUUUUACUUACAUCAUCAGCCUUAAUAUCAGAAACAAAUUUUGGAGAUGAGCAUAUGGCUGUACAUGGAUUACAUUUAUUCCACUCAUCCCUGUCAACAGGGUUUAAAGACUUGAAAGUUGAAGAUGACAUCUCAUUGAAGGUGGUACCUAUUUUACCUGCCCUUAAUUGUGCCCUGCUAGAAGCAAAGAAAUCAUUUACUGAAGAAGGAAUGUGUUUAAACACAUUAGUAAAGCAUAAUUUCCAAGAAUAUUGCAAGAUGGAGAGAAGUCCACUGACUACCACUUCUCAGGAUGAAAUGAAAGAGACUGCAUUUUUUGGCAGACUGUCCAAUAGUUUUGACUUGGUUCCUCCAGCUGAAAAGUGCUCUUUAAAGUCUUUAACUCAGUUGAAGUCUUAUUUUUCAGAUCCUAGUGGGUACAUUUUGGAAGUAUCUACGGCGUUAGAUUUAUUGGCAGAGCGUCCUCAGUCUCCCUGUAUUUCAGAUGGAAUUUGUGAUGCUGGAUUUUCUUUAGUUAUGACUCCAGAUUCUGAAUUUCUGGACUCAGAGGCAGAAGUAAGAAGAGAAACUGAAACAAAAAAGAAUUCUGAAGAAACAUUUAAAGCUAGGAAGAGAACUGUAGUUCCCUUAAAUCCAGCAUCAAAUCUUAGAGUUCAGCCGAAGAGAAAGGCCAGCACACCUCCUUUGGUGCAGAGUAAAAGAAUGAACUUGUGUCGUCCCUUCCCCAAAAGAACUCCUGCUGGAGCGAACAAGGGUUCAGUCCCUCCAGCAACUCUCAAAUUAGUUAAAGGACAGUUUCCUCAGAAAAGAAAAAGAGGUGCUGAAGUGCUGACUGCACUGUUUGUACAGACAACCAAAUUGGAUAGGAAAAACCAAGAAGCUCCUAUUUCUAAAGAUGUUCCAGUUGCAACGAAUGCUAAAAGGGCAAGGAAACAAGAGAAAUCUCCAGUCAAAACUGUUCCGAGGGCUAAGCCACCUGUGAAGAAAUCUCCACAAAAACAGAGGGUAAAUAUAGUAAAAGGCAAUCAGAAUCCCAGAAUCAGAAAGCAGCCACAACCUGCCAAAGGAGAAACUGUUUCACAGCUUCAAUCAAAAAUUACAUCACGUGGGCAAGAAGAUGUUAAUAGUGUAAAUACAACUCAACCAGAAAAUAUCACAGUGGCUCAGAAAGCUCCAGCUGAGAAUUCCAUUGUCAGUUGUGACUCCCAGGCCCUAAAUCUGUUAGCUGAUCUAGCAUUAAGCGCUGCUACCUCUACCACACCACCAUCCGAGCCCAGAAACCUCCCCCGCUCGUCCGAAUUGCCAGAAAACAAUGUUUUGCUUUCUAAAGAACGUUCUCUGAGCAGUACAUCUGACCAUGAAUAUCAUAGAGGAGUUAGAAGUCUAAAAGGUGGACCAUUACCUCAGCCCUCCUCUGAAAGGAAGAGUAAUCUGACAUCAGACUCCACUGUCAGCCAAGAGGAGGUUCCUGUCAAUCAGGCCCCUGUUGAAGCCCAGUCAGCACUUCCUGAAGAGACACUAGAAACUUCUGGUACAAGCCAAAGUUCUUUUGUUGCUGUGGAACAUUCCUAUGCUCUGCUCCUUGCAGAACAUUCAAAGAAGCUGCUACAGCAGAGAGGGGCACCUGGCCCUGCCUUCACCAAGAAUGGUACAAAAGGCCCUGAAGCUGGAACCCCAGUGGGGAAAGUAAUGCCAUUUCGGCAUCAGCAGAACAUCUCUCCUCUUCAAAAGCUUUCUGAGGACCCGGUACUCAAGCGCAGGAGCAGAUUGCUUUCCUCCAGCUUGAGAGACUUCUACUGCUCUCGUACUGUGUUCAGCUGUAAUGGCUCCUUCAAGGUCACUUUCAAAUGUGAAGCAAACUAUGUAUUCAGCUUAGACAGCAAAUACACCAACAACCCACUGGAGAAAACUAUCCUAAGAGCAUUACAUGGGCCCUGGAACACUGAUUUACCUGAUAACGUGGAAGAAGUGAAGCUUUUACUUCACAUGUGGGUAGCUCUGUUUUACAGCAAUCGAAACAAAGUCAUACGAUCAUCCCGAAAAGUAGUGGAACACAGCAACCCUGCCAAAUAUGUGUCUAUAAACAGCACAAUAGAAUCUUUUGAAUUCAGUGAAAUUGAGGAGUCCCCCAGUGUGGAAAGAUGUUCUGUAGCCCCUUUGUUGGAGACAAAGAAAGCUCCCAGAGGCCAUAGUGCUGAAGCAUCCUUCCCUGACACUAACUCCUUGCUUCCUUUCAUUAAACCACCACCUACAAGAGGCCUGGAGCUCUGGGUACAGAAUGAACAAAAAGAAGUUUUUGUAAGAGAAGAUCAUCCACAUACCCCAGAAAACCAGAAUUUUCUCUAUUCUUACAAUGAGAUAACUGAAGAGAACACCAAACCAGAAUCAUCAGAUAAAUUAGAGACUUCUAAUCUGAUGCAUUCUCACAUUGGAAGUACCCAAACUAAUGGACCUUCUACUCCUGGUAAAGAGAAAACCUUUGAGUUACUUGAUAACACAAGAGUGACUUCUUAUGAUACUGUCACACAAACGACAUUCACCAAGACUUGUGAUGGGAUUGGCAAGCAGUCAGUGAUUUGUCCAAAAUCUACGUAUAGCACCCUUGAGAGCAAAGCUGAUAUUUUUCAUGCAACAAUGCAAGCAAAAGCAAAUGGUUUACAGGCCCUUAACCCCCAAACCAAAGACUGUCAACCUUCAUUGGAAAAGAAGGAUGAUAUAGGGUAUGUGAUGAUUAAUCUGGAACCAGUUACUCUCACUUUUGAAAAAAAUGCCUGUAUACCAAUACAGACAGAAAUUGUAAGUAGAGCUGAUAAACCUGUGACCUUUAAUAUGGAAUUGAUUAAACAAGUAUCACCUGCUUCAAGUCUUAGACUUCCUGUAUCCACGUUUGAAAAGGUACAAACACAAAGUCUUAAGGACAUUCUGUCUCUAGCAACGUCAGGAGAAAAAGGUACUAAGUACUUUUGUGCUUCAUCGGUAAGUGGAGAGACACUACCUAAUAACAAAAUAUGUUCAUUACAGAAAGAGAGUCCUGUUCCAGGCACAUCAUUGCCAUCUGAUAAUUCAUUGGAAAAGGAGACAUUACCAUUGGUUAAAAGUUCUAAUUAUUCAUUACCUAAAGAAACAAAACUCUCUCAAGAAUUUUUUAUGCAGCCUAACAGUCUUGUAAGCAUGUCUUCAGAAGAGAUUUUGGAACCACCACAGACUGAAGAAGCCUCAUCAUCAGCCUCUCCCAUGCUGCAAAAAAAUUACUCACUUAACUGCAUUCCAUCAAGAAGUAAUACAUCAAAUAGCUUUAUAGAAUUAAAGAGUGACAAGAGCAGUCUAAAUGGUGAAAAUAGGAACUUUGAAUCAUUUAAUUCAACAUUUGCUAAACAAACCAGCCCAUCUGUAAAUGGAGAGGAGAUCAGCCUGGAGUUAGAGGAAGAUCCUGACAUUGACCUAACUCUCACAAUAUCACCACCUACAAGUCCCAGAGAAGAAAUUCCAGCUGGUGAAACAGAGCAACAUCAGGAUGCUCCAUUACCAAAUUUAGAACUCCAGAAUAUGGAUAAAAGCAUUGAGCCAGAAAAGGUGACUUUCACAGAAAACACAGAAGUGAAUUCUAAAUAUACAUCAGUGCCUCACACAGUAUCAGAGAAACCAUUAGAAAAGGAGAGAAGAGAUGAUAAUUUAGAAGUGGUUACUUUAAUGCUUCCUAAAGAAACUUGUGCCCUUGAGCUCACACAGGAAGUUAAUGUUACCUCAGACUUUCCUUUUGGUUCUUUAAUUGAGGAAGUAUCACCAGCUUCUAGUCCUGACCCCCAGGUACCAGUUGAAGAAAUAGAACCAUUUCGGGCUGUCUCCCCCUUUAGUUUAAAAUAUCAUAAUACACAGUGUGAGAAAAGUGAAAAAUUCACUCAGAUUACAUCAUUAGAUUUGGCCUUAACAGAAAAAGGAAAUUCUUAUGUUAGUCCUAUCCAUCCAGUGAGACAAGAUAACUUACCUCGGGUACAACAAAUACAACAUUCUGCUGAACUACCUGGAGUAUUAAAUAGUCAUCCAGGAAAAAAAGAUAGACGUCUAACAUUUCUGGGUGAAGUCACUGAGGAAAUUGUCCCAAGUGAGUAUGAUAAGGAUUUCUCCUCAGAAAAGGUGCCAUGCUGCCAUACAGAGUUAAACCAGCCUGCAUCAACUGCUACUUACAGAACUGAUUUCAAGACUUCUCCAGAAAAAUUGGUAAUGUCAGGAAAUCCAUUACAGCCAGUUAGUUUAGAGAACAGAAAUUCAGACUUAAAUCACCUUGCAUUGGAGACCAGUAAGCCUGCAUUUAGUCCUAGAAGGAUUAUGGAAAAUAAGUCUCUGGUUGACACAUUUGUUUCUACAAGUGCUCCAAGUGAUACAGUGAAAUGCAUUAAGGAGAGUCUCCUUAGCAGUGAUAUCAAAACAAAUGAAUAUGAUUGCAUGCAAGUUCAGUCCUUGAGCUCAGACUCAGCUGAUGGAGCUGAUAAUACACAGGUACAAAUGCAUUCAGACUUAGGUGGCACUACCUUCACCUAUUGUAAAAGACCCAUAAACAUAGAGGCAGGGUUUCAAACACAGGAAAUAUCAGUAGUCAGAAUGGCUAGUUUGCUUAAGAAUAGUGAAACUGAAUCUGAGUUACAUGAAAAAAGCAUGGAUAUAGGUUGCGUUGGCUCUAAAUCAAACACCAUGUCUCCAAAAGGGAAGCAAAACAUCCAUAUGCCACAAGAUACAUCAACAUGCAAAACAAAGGAUCUGUUGAAUGGCAGGCUUUCCCCCAUGUAUGUAUAUGCUGAUUCUUACCAAAAUACAGCAGUCACCAGUGAAAAUGUCAGUAAAGAGCCUUCUGCUUUUUUUGUUUCCAAAUCUCGUGCCCCUCUUGUUUGUGGAGUCUCUAAAGAACAGAUGGAAAAUAAAGGCUCUGGUGAUUGUGUCAGGGCCAAGGAGGACUCUGAAGCCCUAGGUGGAGACAUGGAUAUUAGUGUGAAUUCUGACAUCCAUUAUGAACCACUUUCUGGAGACUCCGAUCAAGACUCUCUUGGUGAUUGUAGGAAUUUCAAACUAGACAUGGAGGGUUCCUGUACUUUGCAAUGUAAUCACAACAAGAAAGAAGGUGCUUCAAAAGAUGGUUAUGACUCUUUCCUGAGCCCAAACAGUAGUGAUAAUGAAGACAGGGCCUACUCUAAUCGAUUUCCAGUAGAGACCAGUAUACCUCCUCGAAACUGGUCUGUUGGAUUAAAAAAAGAAGAUAAGUGUGUGCCAUGUUAUGUACAUAUCAGAGAUCUUCAUGGUAUCCCCAGGACUUACGCUAACUUUACUAUAACGAAAGAGCUCCAAGAUACCAAGAGAACUUUGCACGGCCUGAGGAGGGACUCAAAUUUCACUGCUAAACCUGGCUUGGUUAGCUCCUGGACAAAUACUUGGCAGGUGGCAGAUGACCCUACACAGAACACUUUAGAUCUAGAAUAUCUGCGCUUUGAAGAGAAGCUGAAACAAAUUAUAAAGAGUGGCAAUUCUCAACAUUCUGCCUUUUCCACCGUCUUUCUUAAGGAGCCACCACUGCAAAAUGCUACUGGAGCUUUCCCUUUGCCAAAAACAUCCGAGUCUUCAGUUCACCAUCUUCCAUCCCGGAGCAGAAGUCCCCUCGUGGUAACAAUCAUGCACUCAGAUGCCGGAGAACAGAACCAGCACCUGAGAGGCCACAUGCGCAGCAAUUUGGACAGUUCUUCCUUUUGGGAGGAAAGACAUGAUCACCAGAGAAAUCAUCUUACAAAUUCUGAGAGAAAUCAGUCUGUUUCCUUCCACCUCAACAAACUGAAAUAUAAUAGUACUUUGAAGGAAUCUCGGAAUGAUAUCUCCCGUAUUCUGAAUGAAUAUGCGGAAUUCAACAAGGUGGUGAUGAAUAGCAACCAAGUUGUUUUCAGAGAUAAAGAGUCAAAUGUUAGUUCUGAAGAAACCACAGCUCAAGAGGUGUAUUCAUCUUUCCCAAGAAGGUCAACCUCCUAUGAAGACAUGAUUACAGACAUGUGUACCAGUUUGCAUGUCAAACUAAAAAGUGUCGUGAAAGAGGCUUGCAAAAGCACCUUUCUGUUUUACCUUGUUGAGACAGAAGACAAGUCAUUCUUUGUGAGAACAAAGAAUAUUCUGAGGAAAGGAGGCCACACAGAAAUUGAACCUCAGCAUUUCUGUCAAGCUUUUCACAGAGAGAAUGAUAUGCUAAUGGUCAUCAUCAAAAAUGAAGAUAUCUCAUCACAUUUGCAUCAGAUUCCUUCUCUGUUGAAGCUGAAGCAUUUUCCCAGUGUCAUCUUCGCUGGAGUAGACAGCCCUGAAGAUGUUCUCCAUUACACCUUCCAAGAGCUGUUUCGGACAGGAGGUUUUGUGGUAUCAGAUGACAGAAUGUUAGAAACUUUAACAUUAGUUCAACUAAAGGAAAUUGUCAAAAUCCUGGAGAAACUAAAUGGAAAUGGGAGAUGGAAGUGGUUGCUUCACUACAGGGAAAGUAAAAAGCUAAAGGAAGAAGUACGAGUGGACUCAAUUGCAUAUAAGAAGAACUUAAUACUGAAGUCAUAUCAGAGUGCAAAUAUCAUUGAGCUGCUUCAUUAUCAUCAGUGUGACUCUCGGUCAUCAACAAAAGCAGACCAUUUAAAGUGUCUGCUAAACCUGCAAAUUCAGCAUAUCCAGGCCAGGUUUGCUGUCUUCCUAACAGAAAAGCCUGCUGUCUCCAGAGAAAUCUAUGAAAAUAGUGGAAUUCUCAUUACAGGUGUAAAUAACUUUAUUGAAAAUAUACAAAAAGUAGCAGCUCCAUUUAGGAGUAGCUAUUGGUAACCCCAUUUUUUUCUGUAACUCUUCCAUGUCAGCUAGAGUUGAGGGUAGAUAGAUAGCUGACAUGUGUGUCUAUGAGAACCAGUUAUUCAAAAACUGUUCUUUAUCUUACAUGUUAUCAUGCUGUUAAUUAAAAAUGAGUUAGGGGUGGAAGUUAAGUAUUUACUAAUGAACGAAAUAACCAACCUCCUUUGAAUUACCCAUUCUCUCUAUAAUGUGCAUUUUCGAUGAUGCAACUGAGAAUGCACAGAAGUGUUCCCCGUUAGGCAGCAUGCUGUUUCUAAAAUAGUUGUUGGUUUUUUUGUUUCAAAGAUAAUUACCAAUUUUGAGUUUACCCAGAUGAUUCAGCUGCAGCUUGCCUAGACAUCAAUGAUGCCAACAACAGAUUAGUAUUUUCCCUUUUGUUUAAAAAACUUCUAAGACACACAUAAAAGUCUUCCCUUCUUAUAAUUUUAAAAUCAAUGUUCUGCAACUUAGGGGAAAGUUUUCCUUGUUUUUUUUUUUUGUAUUAAAACAGCUGACGUCAUUCAGUGACAUAGUAGUUGUCCAUGAGCUUUGGGUUGCGGUGUUGAAUAUUUUGUUUUAAAUUUAAAUUAUUUUAACUUAAAGCUAUUAAUUGGACUUAUUGUUAAAAAUAAUUAGAAACACGUUUACUCAAUUGUAGCAAAAAUGAGUCUGAACCAAUAGCUUUGUUUUUGCAUGUUAAUAUCAGCAAGACACUGCAUGUUAGUCUGUUUUAAAGGUUUACCACCCUUGUAAAAACUACAGCCAUGUUUCAUUUGCUGUUACUCAAACAACACUACAUAAAUGAACCUUUUUUCUGAAAAGGUACAAAUUUAUAAAUUGUCAUUUUUCACUUAUUUUGUAAAGAGUGAACUACAAAAUCAACUCUAAGAAGAAAUAAUCACUUAUUUAUGAGAUUAGAAAUAACUUCAUUACCUUUAAAUGAAAACCAAGCAAAAAACAUUUGUAAGAUACAGCAUCUCUUUGGAACAAAGGUUUUUGUAACUAUCUUUAAAUAAAGAGAACUUAAAAAAAAUCAACUGUUUCUGCAAUGACUUCAUAGCAAGAAUUGGUUUGUCAGGAAAGUUUUAACACUUCUUAGGCCACUUAGCAGGAACAACUAGGUUCCAGAGGAUUCCUCUGUUUAUCACUUUGGCCUUGAUCCAUCUGGUCCCAGAGACGAGUCCAGUGCCUCCCACUCCCAGUUGUGUGCACUAAGCAGGAAAGUACAGAAAGGACAUUCACAGGACUUUUCAACUCACUAGUUUUUUUAUUGUUGUUGUUAAAUUUAUUGAUGAGAGAAACAUCAAUUUGUUGUUCCACUCCUUUAUGCAUCCAUUGGUUGCUUCUUGUAUGCAUCCUCCUGAUCAGACACAACACCUGUGGCCCAGGUGUAUCACGCAGUGCUCUCUGACCAACUGAGCUACCCAGCCAGGACCACAAGACGUUUCAGCUGCCCUUUUCUGGGGCUGUUAGGUACAGAAACAACUUUCAGAAGCUAUUUAUCUAGAUUGUGUACUUCCUACCCAAACAAAAGUACCAGUUUCACUCUGUUAUUUUCUCACAAGACGGACUAAACAUUUAGUGAGUAUGUACCAACAGCACCUGUUUCAAGUUGUACCUCAAAUGUUCAACUCCCUUUGCUGCAAAGCCUGCCAACAUCGCACCCACAAGGCCAUCAGUUUCCAUACCACUUUUUCUACACUUAACCAAGCCACAGAAUAAUGAGUCUAAUCCGGACUAUGGGCUCUUCCAGAACCUGUGCCUUCGUCAUCUUUACCCCACUGGCCUAGGACAGUAGUAUAAUUAAAUAAGGAACAUACAAAAGUGCUGGUAUUUUUUCUUUGUACUUAUUAUAGUCCAGCAUGUACAUCUGCCUGCAUUAAUAAUUGACAAAUUAAAAUAUGGGUAGGGAAGGGAAAAGGCUUGCUGGAAUUUUAGAUCAUCAUCUCAUAAAACCUGGAAGUUCUCACCUGGGAAGAUUUUGUUCCCUGGGAAACGUUGUAACAUCCAGAGACAUUUCCGGUUCUU